UUUCUGAUUGUCCCACUCUCCUCCCCGUCCAGCGCCUCCCCUGGACGGCCCUCGGUGCAAGCUCCGCCCUUCUCCCCGAGGCCGCCGCUGCGGCCCGGCCUCCGCUGUCCCACGCCCCCCUAGCCCCUCCCUCGGACAUCCCCUCGGCUGGUGAUGAGGCCAACGCCGCCCUUCCCAGGGGCCACUGGUUGGGAAUGGCUGAAGGAGGACUAUUGACUGUUGGUGGCCUGCCAGGAGGAGGGGGAACCGAGGGAGGGGGCGUGGCUGAGGGGGGUGGGUCUGGGCCUGGAGAGUGAAAGCGAAAGCUGGGGCGGCGAGCCCCGAGAGUCGAAGAGCUAGCAAGUGGGGAAGCAUGGCCAAGCCUUGUGGGGUUCGCCUGAGUGGAGAAGCCCGUAAACAGGUGGAUGUCUUCAGACAAAAUCUUUUCCAGGAGGCCGAUGACUUCCUCUCUACGUUCUUGCCACGGAAAAUCAUAUCCCUGAGUCAGCUCCUGCAGGAGGAUUCCCUCAAUGUGGCUGACCUCUCCUCCCUCCGGGCUCCUCUGGACAUCCCCAUCCCAGAUCCCCCACCCAAGGAUGAUGAGAUGGAAACAGACAAGCAGGAGAAGAAGGAAGUCCCUAAGUGCGGCUUCCUCCCCGGGAAUGAGAAGCUCCUGGCCCUGCUUGCUCUGGUGAAGCCAGAAGUCUGGACUCUCAAAGAGAAAUGCAUUCUGAUAAUCACCUGGAUCCAGCACCUGAUCCCCAAGAUUGAGGAUGGAAAUGAUUUUGGGGUGGCAAUUCAGGAGAAGGUGCUGGAGCGAGUGAAUGCCGUCAAGACCAAAGUAGAAGCCUUCCAGACAACCAUUUCCAAGUACUUCUCGGAACGUGGGGAUGCUGUAGCCAAGGCCUCCAAGGAGACCCAUGUAAUGGAUUACCGGGCCUUGGUGCAUGAGCGAGAUGAAGCAGCCUAUGGGGAACUCAGGGCCAUGGUGCUAGACCUGAGGGCCUUCUACGCUGAGCUUUAUCAUAUCAUCAGCAGCAACCUAGAGAAAAUCGUCAACCCGAAGGGUGAAGAGAAGCCGUCCAUGUACUGAGCUAAGGACUAGAAGGAAAAUAAAUGACUUAUACUUGA